CAGGAGGAUAGGUCACUAAGCCCAGUUGCGGCGGUGAAAGAACUUCAUCAAGGAGGGAGCUCACGAACAGAUCACAGCUAACGAGAGCACAUAACUUUGUCUUGAUAUGGCUGAGCAAAAAAGAAUUAUUGUAACUGGCGGCACUGGUCUUGUUGGAAAAGCUCUGGAGGAAGUGGUAGCAAAAGAGGAAAGCAGAUCUGAUGAAACUUGGAUAUUUCUGUCCUCUAAAGAUGGAGACCUCUGCGAUGCAGCUGCAACUAAAGCAAUUUUUGACAAACACAAGCCAACCCAUGUUAUUCACUUGGCAGCUUUGGUUGGUGGUCUCUUUAAGAACCUCAAAUAUAAUCUGGAUUUUUGGCGGAUGAAUACGCAGAUAAAUGAUAAUGUUCUUAACAAUUGUCACCUGAGUAAGGUGAAGAAAUGCGUCUCUUGUCUCUCGACAUGCAUUUUUCCAGACAAGACAACAUAUCCUAUAGAUGAAACAAUGGUUCAUAAUGGACCUCCCCACACUUCUAACUUUGGCUAUUCAUAUGCUAAACGUAUGAUUGAUGUGCAAAACAGGGCCUACCACCAGCAGUAUCCUGAUGGAUGUAUGUUUACCAGUGUUGUGCCUACCAAUGUUUAUGGAAUGCAUGAUAACUUUCAUCUGGAGGAUUCCCAUGUUCUUCCAGGAUUGAUUCACAAGGUUUACUUAGCACAGAAGGAAGGCAAGCCCCUUGUAGUUUGGGGGACUGGUUCACCACGAAGACAGUUCAUCUACUCUAAGGUUAGUGCCAAAAUUUUUAAUGGAAANUUAAACUCAACCUGCUCUUUCGUUUGCUUGUUUGCAGUUGGCGAGGAGGACGAGCUGUCUAUAAAGGAAGCUGCAGAAUUGGUUGUAGAAGGAAUGCAAUUUACAGGAGAACUGGAAUAUGACACUAACAAGUCAGAUGGCCAGUUCAAGAAAACUGCAAGUAACGCAAAACUGAGGAAGUACCGGCCAGAUUUCAAGUUCACUGACCCCAAGAUAGCUAUCAGGGAAACUUGUGACUGGUUCUUGGCUAAUUACGAGACGUGCCGGAAGUGAAGCAUUCGUCAACCACAGGACUGCUUAGCAGGAAAUUCACAAAUGGGUCGCAAAUAGGAUGAAAGGAACUAGGAAAUCAUAUCCAAUUUUUGUUUACGACUUAGUUAGGCUACGAGUAGUCCCUCUUUCGCUUAGUCCGUCCUGCGUGACGUGAAGGAAAACUGCGAGAAUAAAAUGGCCGCGUUAAAUCCUGGGGACAAGGAGCGCGCUCGCCCCCGGGAUUUCACGCGGCCAUUUUUUUCUCUCGGUUUUCUUUCACGUCACGCACGACGAACUAAGCGAAAGAGGGACUACUCGUAGUCUAAGACUAACUGUAAGGGUCUGUAAAAGCAAAUAAAACCAGUUAAAGGCAAAUAAAGCCAAAUAAAACUAAUUUUAGUGCCAGGAAUUGUAAUAAACUAAACGAAACGAAAGUAGUAUUGUUUUUAAAGCCUCGUCUGUCUGCCAUCUCGUUUCCAGGAUCUCUCUCUCUUUAUCCCCAAGAGUGAGCGAGAGAGCCUGGGAACAAGUUUGGUCUGACUUUCCGCUUUGUUUUUUGAACCUGGGAGUGUCCAGAGACUGUGUAAGACCCAGCAUGCCUCAGUAGGCGAUGCCGGAGGACAUUUGAAUGAUGCAACUCAAGAAGUCUCCGUCUUGCGUUUAGCACUACUUUUCAUCCAAAUGGCCUCGAUUUUUUGCCUGCACCUGUUGGUUGUAAAGUUAAUAAUUAUGCCCCACGGCACUAGAAGUUAAGAAUUUGGGCUUUGAAAUAAUUUUAGGCAAGUGUUGUUUUGCGAGGCUUCAAAACGUCGAAGUUUCGAAGUAGAUUCCCUAGUCAAUAUUUAACAUGAAUAUUUUCGUAAUAUUGGAACACGGUGGAGGUAACUCACGACUGGUAUUUAUUUGAUAGAUAGCAAUAACGAAGAUCCUUAAAGUUGGCAAUAACAUUGUAAGCACAUUUUCUUCCGAGAAGUUUUGGUCAGUCACAACCUCGUUUGUGUUAUGAUAAUGUCACAGGCGUUACACGACAUAAUAAUAGCAUAGCAUUUAUUCAAGAUGCAAACAACUUAGAAAUACAUACAUAGCUAUAUCUUGAAAAAUAAAACAGGAGGUGACCCCAA